GUGGUGAAAUGAACCAACAUUUUCAUAUAGACUCUGCACUUUGUAGGUUACACUAUAUGUGUUAAGUAUUUUAUAGGUGAUGAGGCUGAGUGCUAAGGGUAAAUGGUUUAUCCUCAGAGCUGUGAUUGUUGGUGAAGUGGCAGCAUUCUUAGCCUCGUUUAGGGUAUGGCACAAGAUGAAUACUGAUCAAGACUAUAGAAAAUGGAUGAACAACAACUAUCCAUCAAUAUUAGAAGGUUUCUACACGACAGCUGAACUUGGAGGGUUUGCACAUGUGAGAAAAGAUGAUCUUAAAGCCUGGAAAAAUGAAAGCAAAACCAACACCAAUAUAAACUAAUCACAAGGCUCUAAUCAUAGCAAAUAAAGCUGUGGAUACAAUUAUUUUUGAGUUGGAAUGCAGGAAAUAAAAGGAUUGGAUAAGUACCAAGGACCAGGAAAGUCCAAUGCAGUGAAAGGAAAACAUAAUGUACAAGGCUUCAUUCAUUCUAUGUCUGUCAAAGAAAAGUGGCAGACUACUUGUUUACGACUAAUAUUAAGUAGCAAUUGAUACUGAGCAUGGAAAUUUAAGAAUUCAAUAGCCUCCCUUCCCCCCCCCCCCCAAAUAAAAAAAGAAACUAUAAAUGGGUGAUUAUGAAUCUGAAUUAAGUGCAAAGUUUUAUCCUUUCAGACAAUGUGUCAUUCCUUCUGAUAAUCCGUUUCUGCAUCAAUGAUGCCUUAGACUUCAAGAUAAUCCUAUGGGAUGAGUCAAAAUAAUUUUAAUUAUUCACAAAAGGAGUGACCCAUGGUCUGAAAUGCUAAUGGAAAAAAACCAAAACAUAUGCACGAGCCAAACAUGGUCUCUUGCUAGUUAUAUGAUCAAAAUAAUAUGCAUGGAUUCUGAAAA